GUGAAGUUUAGAGAGGCUCUGGAACUUUAGGGAGAUGCUGCAAGUUUUGGAGCUGAUGGAUGAUUUUGGAGAAUUAUGGAAGUUUUGGGGGAACGAUGGAAGAUAUGGGGAUGAAUGAGGGGUGCCCGUAUUCCUCACCCCCCACCCUCAAUUCCCUCCCCACCCCCCCGGGCUGUGCCGGUGCUCGGCCCCACAGGUGAGAGUAGCAUGGGGCUCCUCCGGCAGCGGGGACGGGGCGGGGGCGGAGCGGGUGAGCCCGGCCAUAAAACGGCAGCGCGGGGCCGGAGCCCGAUUGAGCUGCAGCGGGGUGGGAGAGCGGCGGUGCCGGUACCGGAGGAACAAACGGAGCGGAGGUGCCGGUGCCCCUCGGUGUGUUUCCACCACCUGCUCCUCUCAAGCACCAUCACCCCUUCCCCUGUGUCCUCGGUUCGCCGCGAUGCCCAAUUUCUCCGGGAAUUGGAAGAUGAAAAGCUCCGAGAACUUCGAAGAGCUGCUGAAGGCGUUGGGAGUUAAUAUGAUGCUGCGAAAGAUCGCGGUGGCUGCAGCCUCGAAACCAGCAGUGGAAAUCAAGCAGGAUGGUGAAAGCUUCUACAUCAAGACCUCGACCACAGUGCGCACCACUGAGAUCAGCUUCAGGAUCGGGGAGGAGUUCGAGGAGCAAACGGUGGAUGGGAGGCCCUGCAAGAGCUUGGCCAAGUGGGAAAGUGAGAACAAGAUGGUGUGUGAACAGAGGCUGCUGAAGGGUGAGGGACCCCGGACGGGCUGGUCCAGGGAGCUGACUAAUGAUGGGGAGCUCAUCUUGACCAUGACAGCCGAUGAUGUUGUCUGCACCAGAGUGUACAUCCGGAGUGACACCACCAACCAUCACCCCACAACGGCUCCAUUCCCCCCCCCCCCCACCCCACACUUUUCCCAUGGCCCUGUGUCCCCCUGCCCCCCUGUAGCUGCCUCGUGUCCCCCCCCAUCCCUGUGACUAUGGGGGUGCACUGAGCAACAGGGUGUCGGGGACCACCCCAUCCUUUGGGUUCGAAGUUU